AUGCGACCACUCCGAUUUCUCAUAACCCUCGUCUCCUUCAUCGUCGCCUUCUUCCUGCUUCUGUUCGUCGGUCCCUGGCGCGGCAAACCAAGCAUCCGGGACUCCGAGGAAGAGAAUGGCAGUAUUGGCACAUACUUUAACUGGCGAACGCCCUCCUCCCUCUUUCCUCCUUCAGCUAUCAUCAGCCUGACAGAUGACAACUCCACCAACUUCGUCGCGAGACCUGCCGCCUUUGGUCCGCUGCUUCCGGCAAAGAGCUUGAGCGGACAGCUAUGGAUUGGGAGCGGCUUCGGAGAUGACCAUCUGGGAGGAGAGGGAGAGCUCGGCUGUAGCGACGUCCCUGGUUGGGACGAUGGGAGCUGGACUGCGAGUAGCAGUGCGAGCAGCAGGAAAGUAUUCUCGGAUGGCAAGGGAGCUACAGCCGAUAGCCCACUGUCUGGGUCCAAUAAGAGCAAGCGGAGUUUGGUCGAGGAUGAAGACGAGCUGGAGGAGGACGAGGAGCAACAUCCGAGUGAGAAUGAUGGUACGGACGACUACCUGCACCAUCCCUUACCUGCGAGCGACGGUCUUAAAACAAAUGGCGAAGCGGCUGGAAACACCAAGAAGCCAACGCAUGCGGAUAUCCAGUCUUUGCAAGAGAGCGCAGAGAUCGCUGGCAAGAUCGUGCUGCUCAGUCGCGGCGGCUGCGGCUUUCUCGAAAAGGUCAAGUGGGUCCAGAGAAGAGGCGGCAUCGCGCUGAUCGUUGGAGAUGAUAUUCGAGGAGGGCAGCUGGUGACGAUGUAUGCUCGAGGCGACACAUCCAAUGUCACAAUACCCAGCCUGUUCACAUCGCACACAACCGCGCAGCUGUUGUCCAGCUUGAUGCCCUCGGAUGGCUUUUCUUACCCCGACCAAAGACCUGCUCUAGGAGGGAAGGGCAAACAAAAACAAGACGACUCACGCGGCGGAAAGCAACAUGAUGCUGACAAACCUUUCUUCACGACUACGACCGCAACUGCCAAAGCAACGCCGACACCGAAGCCAAAGCAGGCGGUUGACGACCGGAAAUUAGCAAAGGAGGCGGACAAGGAACAAGACCAGAAACCUUGCGGGUGGCUCUCAGGCCUGCUCAAGGGCUGUACAGACAAUGGCCGAGACAGUCGAAGACCGCCCAGCAGCGGCAAGAAUGGCUGGAUUCAGCAAGAGGAGUUUGACGAUGACGAUUACGUUCGCGCGAAGAACGGUAAGCUUCUCAGCACGUCUUCGUCGUCUUCGAUAUCGCCAACUUCGACACCAAAGAAGGCGCCAAGCGAUGGGUUCCAGAUUGGCGUGCAAGACUGGCGGGAUCCAGAUCUUGUUGCCGAACAAAAGGAGCAGCAGAUGCGUGCUUCAUCAUCUCCGGUGAGCUCAAGCACUGCUACUUCAUCCAGGAGCAGCGCAACCGCUGCACCAACGUCUCUCAAGGGUGGCAGCAUUACGCCCGGAAGUGGAGAGUAUGCAAAGGCGAACCACGAGGCUGUUGACAUAUCAUCUGCGCAAAAGUCUCAAUCGAGAGAAGGCGUGAUAUCUCAGCAGACAAGCAGCGAUCAGCAGGACAGCUCGCGCAGCUGGCUUGGUCGCCUGCUCCGCUCUGAUGCGGGUAAAGCUGCCAAGGCCGAACCUGCAUCUCAGAUCGACACGACGAAAGCCUCCGAGCUCGAUUUCCAUCGCAAAUCUGACAGUUCGCAUCGUCAACGUCCCUCUUCGGAUGGGCGACAAGUGCACCACGGAUUGUGGGUUACCCUGUCACCUACUUCCAUGUCCACCUCACCCUUCUUCGAUACAUUGCUAGUCCUGGUUGUUUCGCCGCUAGUGACGUUGACUGUCGUGUAUGCACUUCUGUUAUUGCGAUCGCGCAUUCGGAGGAGGAGGUGGCGGGCACCAAAAUCUGUCGUCGAGCGGCUACCGGUGCGAACGUACCAGACCAUGCCAAGCAGCACGACGUCUUCGUCUACAUCAUCAAUUGCAUCGCCCAAUGUAACGACGCCUCUGUUACCAUCUGCGACCCGACCCAUCAGUACUCGCUCUCGACCCAGGGCGCGGACGGCUUCCGAGAUUGCACAGGGCUCGUCGAUGCGCUCUGACGACAUGGCAAGUCCAUCUCUAGAUCAGAUUGAGGAGAAGCGUGCCGCUGGCCUGGCAGAGUGGCGAAGAAGGUACGGCGGCAAGCAGAGGGAAUGCGUGGUGUGUCUGGAGGAGUAUGUGGACGGCGUCAGCAGGGUAAUGAGCCUACCUUGUGGCCACGAAUUCCACGCCGAGUGCAUGUAAGUCUCAACCUCCCCAAGCGACUAGCAUCGACGGCUAGACUAACUUUGCUCCCAGCACACCUUGGCUUACAACCCGCCGCCGUACCUGUCCCAUCUGCAAAGGCGACGUCGUCCGUUCUCUUGCUCGAUCUGCCGGAACACCUUCGUCUUCUACGCCACCGCAGCGGUACCGCGACGAGUCCGAGGAGGAGGAGGAGGAUGUCCAAGAACAAGCUGUCACAACGAUCAACGAAGAUCCCGCUGCCCAGCGACCGGUCUCGAGGGAAGAUGAGGCAUUUGAGGAUUUGGAACGAGGGGUGAAUCUAACGCCGCCUCCAAGGGAAGAGCCGGAUCGGAAUCGAUGA